GCUAGCCACCGCCCACGACGACCUCCAGCCCAGGCCUAAGUACCGUAUCCCACGUACCUCCAACCUCGGUCUGCAGCGCACGCUCGCUGCACCCGCCUCCUGCGCCACCCACGCUUCGCGGUCAUGAAUCAGAUCCCGGACGUGCUCUACGCAGAUCGCGAUUCCACCACAUGGCUCAUCCUCGGUGCGAGCAGAGGCAUCGGCCUCGAGUUUGUGCGCCAGCUGCUCCAGCGCGGCGAGCGAAUCAUAGCCACGGUCCGCGAGCCCUACGCAUCCCAUGCCUCCGCGCUGUGGGGGCAGGCCGGCAGCGACCAUGGCCGCUGCCAGAUGUAUAUAUGUGACGUCCUAAGUGAAGAUAGCAUCAUCAAAUUCGUCAGCCAGCUCAUGGGCAUCCGCAACCUCAAGAUAGAUUAUGUAGUCAUAAACGCAGGUGUCCUGCGAUAUCCCAAUAGAGCGACUGAGCUCUCCUUCGACGAGUUCGCCUUCCACCUGCACACCAACACCAUCGGCCCGAUCAUCUGCGCCCAGAAACUCCUCCAAACAAACAUCCCCAUCGGCACCAUAACCUUCAUGUCGUCUGACUCGGGCUCCCAUGGCAACUUCCGCGAGAUGGAAGAUGGCUUCGCCGCCUACGCUGCCUCCAAAGCCGCCCUCAACAUGGCGAUACGGCACAUGGCCGCCGAGCUAAAGCGCAAGGACGACGAUACGAUAAUACUAGCCAUGCAUCCUGGAGAGGUUGCGACGGACAUGGCAAACAUCAACGUCAGCUGGGAGGUGCAGGGAAUCAUCACGGCAGAGGAGAGCGUUACCAAGAUGGUCGAUGUGAUUCAGAGCAAGGGCAUCCAGCACAGCGGGACCUUUUGGACGUACGAGAACAAGCCGUAUGUUUGGUGAGUAGGGCACUGGAAACAGUUGUGCUUAUACCCACGUGGCGCAAGAACACUUUCUGCGAGAUCAAAAAGAAACAUUACAUGUUGACAAACCACUUUUGUUGCCGCAGACUGCAUGGUGCAGAGUC